AUAAUGAGUUUGGUUGCCUAUGAAGAUUCAGACUCUGAGACAGAAGCUGAAAAGACUGAAGCCCCUGAUGCUUCUGGCAGACAAACAAGCCAGCUGAGUUCUUCUGUGAGUUGUGUUCAACACUUUGCACCUGGUAGUACAAAAUAUGCAUAUGAAAUGCACCCUGCUGGGAGCACUGGCAGAUCUGGCCAGGGCACAGUUUGUGAAGAUCCCCCUGAGCAUUAUGCACAGAAUAUCAACACUGACUUGGCACCUCCUUAUUGUCCCAGAGUGCACUCUGGCCAUGCUGCAUUAUCUGUGCCUUACAAAAACUAUGAACAGGCUUCAAGCUCUUCAACAAAUUCUGGAAAUGGCAUUUCCCAGAAGAGAACAUAUAAAGACAACACUACUACCAUAAAAGGAAUUAGACCAUAUAUCCCUAAAAGAUUGCGUCAAGAAAAUUCCAGUAAGCCUGAAAAAGAAGAAUGUGACCAGAGAGGUAGCUCAGAUUGCGAUGUUAAGUUUAGUGUAUCAGGAGAGCAGACUUUUAGAAAGAUCUCUGAAUUAAUUAAGCCAUAUUUGGCAUCUAAAUAUAAAGUAACUGAAGUUCCUAAAAGCUUAAUAUUUCACAUGUCUAAACACAGUGGCCCUGUUAAUGAAAUCCAGUGGUGUCCUGUACGGGAACAAAGUCACAUGCUUCUCUCAGCUUCUAUGGACAAAACAGUCAAGGUAUGGGAUGCUGUAGAUACAGGCUGCUGUUUAAAAACUUACUCCUGUCACUCCUGUGCUGUUCGGGCUGCGCGUUGGUCGUCCUGUGGAAGAAGGAUCCUCAGUGGGGGCUUUGAUUCCAUGCUGCAUUUAACAGAUGUAGAAACAGGGAAGCAGAUAUUUAGCAGCAAAACAGAAUAUAGGAUCAGUGCACUGAAGUUCCACCCUACAGAGUCGAAUGUUUUCAUCUGUGGAGGGUUCAGCCCAGAAGUUAAAGCAUGGGAUUUAAGGACUUCUAAGGUGUUGAGAGUGUACAAGGCUGCAGUACAACAGACUUUGGAUAUACUCUUCCUCCCUGAAGGAAGAGAAUUUCUUACCAGCACGGAUGCAGUAAGCCGAGACUCAGCUGAUCGCACCAUUGUUGCGUGGGACUUCCAAAGUGCUGCAAAAAUCUCCAACCAGAUUUUUCAUGAGCGUUACACGUGCCCGAGUCUGACCCUGCACCCAAAGGAGUCUGUGUUUGUAGCUCAGACCAAUGGGAACUACAUGGCUUUGUUUUCUGCCCUGCGACCCUACCGAAUCAAGAAAAAGAAAAGAUAUGAAGGACACAAGGUGGAAGGAUUUGCAGUGGGCUGUGAAUUUUCUCCAGAUGGAACACUUUUGGUGACAGGAAGUUCAGAUGGCAAAGUGUUUUUCUACAACUAUCAUACUUCAAGGAUUAUUCGCACUUUGUCUGCACAUAAAGAAGCUUGUGUGAGUGCAAUAUUUCACCCAGUCUUGCCAUCUCUCCUCGCAACAUGUGAUUGGGCUGGAGAAAUAAAGAUCUGGCAAUAACAAGCAGAGUUACUUUUUAGGAUGUCUCUCUCCUGUUAGUCUGUCAAAGGCUUAGGAAAUGAGCCAGAGUAUG